AUGGGUCUCGUCGGGCACGUCGUUGGCGGAGCCGUCUUUGGACUCACCGCCCGAUUCUACCAACUCGGAAUCCUUCGCCGCCCAAUGCUCUCCAAUCCAGCAGGGCAUGUCGCAUGCAUGGGAGUUUUUGCUGGAGCGGGAUACUUCUGGUGGCAGGCGACAUUACACAUGAGGGGGUUGCUAGCAGAGAAAGAGGCGCAGUUGCGACUGCGACGUGAAAUCCAGCAGAAAACUGGCGAGGUCAUUCUAGAGCAGGCGCUCGGCCAAACUCCUUCGUCGGAGGCAUCAUAA